AUGAGAUUACUCUAUCAAACACCUGACGAAGGGGUUAAGGCGAUCUUAUUAGCUUUGAAAUGGACUGGAAUUAAUGCAUUAAAAAGAGUUGAUGAUGGGUUUAUUGUCACCCUUCAAAUAGAAGCUCAAGACCGUGUAGGAAAUUUGAUUGAGAUAAUGGGAGAGCUCAGCAUUUUGAGAUAUAUUAUGGAACAAUCUCCAUUUAGAGGGGCAUCAGAUUUGCAUCUUGAAGAACGGAUUGUUUACAGGCUAAAGCAGAUGGUUACAGAAACACAAAAAGAUACCAUAAAAACAAAUAAAGAACUUAUAGCCGCAAUUAGGAAUUUAGAACAAAAUUUGAAAGGAGAUUUUAUAGGUGGAACGCACCCUGGGGUCGCUGAUUUUUUGAGUUUUUCAUAUUUGAUGCAAUUUUUCGUAGGAAGUUCUUGGGCAAUAAAGACAUUUCCGCUUCUUGCUGAAUCAUAUGCAAAACUCAGUGAUACUUUUGGCCAAAUUCAAGAAGAGCUGGGUGAGAAAGUGCAAGUUCUUAAAAUUAAGAAAAAUCAAGAAAAUUCUAAGCCAAGCCAAAGUUCUUAA